UUAUGCAUACAUCAUAUUGAGGUUAGUGAUGACACUAUUGUUGUUGUCAUGUCGAACGUUUGGAAGGAAGCGUAGUUGUAGAAGACAGAUGCAUGUUUACACCGGGUAAAAAUAAGAGUUAUUAUAGUAUAAAAGCCCUAUAUUCCCGCCAUGGGUGAUCAAAGAGAGCUCUCGAGUUCAGUAAGUGCUGAUAAUGAAGAGGAAAUUGAGAAAGAUGCUGAAAAAGCUUACAGAAACAUGUCUGUAGAAGCUCGAGUGUUUGGAAAUCUUGUCACUGGUGUUGAUGAUGAGGAAUUUGAGCAUGUUUGGCAAGAUGAGACAUGUCAUAGUUCCAAAAUCACGACUCAAAAACAAUCUGUAAAUGAAAGAAAAGACGAGGUGUACAGUGCAUCAACUGACAGUCGAAGGGACAGUGUUGCAAACAGUAGCGGGAUUUUAUCCCCUUCUAGUUUAGCUGGAUUUCAAACUGUCUCUUUAUCUGCUCUCCCUGGAAGCAGGUUAAAGAUUGAAAGGUAUAGUUGUGCGAAAAUGACAACCGUUGCAAAUUAGGUUAAUGGGAUUGAUCUGCAUCAUAAAGUUUUUAAUAGUUCGGUAACAAUAGAACUAAAAGAAGAAAUUUUCAGAAAUGUUAUUCCCAUAGUGCACCACAGUCGCAAUGGUUUUAAAUCUAAUUGACUAUUUGGUAACUCAAUCAGACAGUCAGUUACAUUUUUACCAAGACAUAUAUAUUCCCUGGUCAAACAAGAAUGAGAGUUGAUGAGACCCAAGGAGUGAAAGUUUGCAUGAGAGUCAUCUCAACUCUCAUUCCCCAAUCAAACAAGAACAAGAGUUGCAUGAGGGUUGAUGAGAGUUGACUGGUAUUACUGCAUGCAUAGCAAAAACUCUCAUCAAAAUUUGAACCAGUUCAAAGUUGAUGAGAGUUUAUGAGAGUCAAUGAGAGUUGGUGGUCAAAUGUGAGUGAGAGCUGCAACUAUCAUUCUUGUUUGACCAGAGCUUUAAAAUGUCAUCCAAAAGUUUCAACUAUCAUUCUCAUUUGACCGGAGCUUUAAAAAGUCAUCUAAAAGUCUCAUAAAAUGCAGUGACAAUUCUAGAGAAAAUUGAAUUGUCCACUUUUGUAACAUCGCUACACUGGGAGCCAUAUUUUUAAUUCUGAGGGCUUCAAGACAACAUUGUAAAUAUGGCAGAAAACACCAGUCAAUCAAACUGCUGAGACAAUACUUCUAUACAAUGUGAGAACUGAGAAAAAUCAUACCAUCAAUCACAACGCUUAUUAUGAUAAGUUAAAUUAUGUGAUAUGAAACCUAACGUCCAUCAUAGGGAUAGUCUAUUAUUAUUUUAUCCAUCUUCUGCACAGAAAUCUUUAUACUUGUAUAAUAAAUAACAUUACCUAUUUGGAUUUCCAUGCCCCUUAGUACCCCAUUUUUGGUUUGAACAUUCAAACAUAGUGUUCCAAGGAUGAGUGAAAUUCACAGUAUAAUCUUGUCUGCUUAAGAACCCAAAGAACUACAUGCAGAUCAUACAAUAUAACACACAGAAGAAAUCAAACAUAUCUGACAGGUUCAUGAUUUAUUUAUGUCAGCUGUAAAGAUAGUUUUUUAGAUAUUUAGCUUAUUUGGCAUAUCACACUUUUCCUGAAAGAUAUGGCUUACAGUAUGCAGGGGUGGCGGAGGGGUGUAAGUGAUUUUGCCAAGUCACAUCUCCACUGCAUAUUAAAAACUGGGACACAAUAAUGUAUCAGUCAAUUCCAGCAGUGCCCAUCCCCCCCGGGCCACCCCCGGGCCUUCGUAGCUUUCCUAAUCCCGGGGGUGGGGCUAUUGCCGAAAUUUUUCAGCUUGGGGGUGGGGACUUAGACGUUUUCCAUCAUGGCGAUUAGCGGACUAUAACAUCGCAGAUUUCGCUGGAAAAGAUACUGAAUUCGUUUGCAAAUGGCUUGAUACUCAUUCUUUGGGAUGGUCUUUCAGUACCAUUGUCUUUGAUCAUUGAUGAGUAAAAUCCUUUGUCUACAUGAAAUAGUUUUUCUCCUUCAAUGGACAAUGAUCACCAUAAAAAAUUAUCUAUGAGUGCACCAGACACCGGGCGCGAUUCGACAACGCGACGCGAUUUUUUAGUUUUCAAAGGUUAAUAAAACAUGAGAGCAAAUUUUAAAAGAUAUGUAGACCAAAUAACUCAAAAUGUUAUAACGCUUCUAAAUAUUUAGAAAGUUUAAACUAGGAUCAAAGUUAUCGGUCAGUGAAAAUCGAAAAAUCGCGUCGCGUUGUUGAAUCGCGUCCGGACCUUUAAGUAAAGAUAAUAUAUUUUCAAAGGUUGACAUUAAUAUUAUCAUAGGUCUAGCUAGAUGCGUUGAAGUUAAGGUUGAUAAUAUAUACAGUGUUGCAUUAAUAUAAAAGCAUUUUUAUCCUUGUGGUAGAACUUCUUUUUUGUACUUUGCAUUUAUAUUGAAUUAUAACGUGCAAAUAUAGACCCAAUUUGUUUGCCCAGGGGUGGGGCUUUAGCACAGUUUUCUUUCCCUGGGGUGGGGACAUAGCCAUUUUCUUUCCAGAACUGGCUAAUUCCCCAGGAGGCGAUUGGGCACCGCUGGAAUUGACUGAUACAUAAUUUCCUGACUAUCUGACAACUGGGAUGUGUAUUCAUGUACUGUGGGAUAGUGCUGUCUUUGUGAUAUUUUUAACCUAUUUAUAGGGCUUCAUCAGGAACUUCAAGUGAAGCUUCCAAUAGUUCUAAUGAAACAAGCCAUAACUCAGCAUUGUCCAAUCAUGAUUCAGCUGUGAUUGCUGCAAGCCAGAUGAAACCACGUGGCCUAGGAGGAUCUGGAAAUAAACCUGAAAUACUUGCCAUGGCAAAUCAUGUGAAUUCUCUAGAGCAGGCACAAGCUGAGUGGAAAAUGGUGGAAAACAUACAGACUGGUAGGUUGAAGGAAAUUUUGACUGAAAUUGAUUGAAACAUUUGAGUUUUCAUGGAUAGUAGGCUCACUUGGGAAUAGUACACAUGGCUGUAUCAACUUAUAGUCUUAUAUAAGUUAUAUUAAUUAUAUUAAGAGGAGAUUUUUUUGUAUGUUACGUAACACGCGCUCAAAACUAAUGAGUAUAGUAUACCACUUGAGGUUAUGACUAAAUUCGAAAUUUUUAUCUUUCGAUACGUUUCUCAAUCGGCAAACAAACUUAAAAAGUAUGUUUAGUGCUGUAUCUGUAAAAUAAUGCUAAAAUGAAGAGAUUUUAGGUGAUACGCCAAAGAAAAAAUGAUGUCUGAAGUUCAGUAAGUUUGCUUAUAUGGCUGUAAAUAUGCAUGGCGUCAAUUUUAAAGCAUCAUUGAUAAUUGUAUUUUAAUUGACAAUUUUUAACUAUUAUUUUAUGUUUCUCAACCAGCAGAUGCAUUUAAAAAGGUAGCUAACUCUAUAAACUAGAGAAUAAAGCUAAAACAAAGUAAUUUUGAGAUGAACGCCAAAAAGAUUUUAGGUUUUGAACACUUUUCAUUGAAAAUACGCGACAUUGAAAAAAUUGCCUCUUAAAUUUUCCAUUUUCCCUGAUCUGUGAAUUAUCACAUUUUCCACUUUUCCUGCAUUAUGCAUAUCACUGCUGAUACAUGUGGGCCAUUUAUGAUGUUGGCAUAUGAAUGAUAAUCCCCAGUGAAAAAGAUAAUUAUACUGCAAACAUAUCCCUGGAUACUUUUAAAACGUAGCGUGAUUGUACUGUAGUCAAGAAAGCACAGCAUGAUCUAGCCAUGUGCAACAUUAACAUCCACAUCCAUAUACAUGUUUGAAACACAGAAUCAAAUUCAGAUAAUCAUAUAAUUAUAAAACACUGAGCCAGUGAGGACUCAAUAAUAUUCAUACAAUUCAUACGUCACUCACCUAGGAGGAGGUUGAAAUUUAAAAAGACAAUGAUUAUAAGAAUAAUUGAUAUGAAGUUUCUUCAGAGUUGUAAAUCGACAUUUUAUACCAUGAAAACCAUAUACAGUAUCAUGAACUUUAUGGUCCUCCGUACACUGCAUUAGAAUACGAAUAUUUUCUUGGUCUCAUGGGAGCAUGUCGCUCUCAUGAAUCAAGAUGAAAGGCAAUUCAAGCACAAGUCAUGAGAACGAGGCUCCAAUACCAGGGAGAGAUUGUAAUGGCCCGUUUACACUAAUCACUAUUCUUGCAAUUUUUGCUGUGAUUUCUGUUAUAAAUGCUCAGAUGAAGGAACAUGUAUUCAGAACAUUCAGAACUCUUCUACUCGUUCUUAUCCGUCAGACCAAACGGGCCUUAACGUAAUUAUGGAAAAGGUGUAUUGUUAAAUAUCCUAGGUGAAGGUGGUGAGACGGUUACACGAUCCCCAGAAGUAAAGUUUUCCGAAGCACUCGAACAUUUUCGCAACUGUGACUAUAUGGAACAACAUAUGUCUCAUAUCAAACCUACAGUACGGCAUAAAGGAUGUUCUUCUCUCACGCAUGCGUUGUUUGGACCACCUAGGAUGAAGAAACAAUUAUACAAUGACCGAAACCUUGUGUUUGCACUUGCGUUAUGUAUGUUUGAUAAUGAUGAACAUAUGCAUAACUAUGUUUUGCAAACUAUAUAUAAACGGCUGGCAGGAACUAAACUGGAUUGCCCGCGUUAUGGUAAUCAUUGGGAAGUCAUAGGUUUUCAAGGUGAGUGUAAACUAUUUGACUUUAACUGGGUAGCUAUAUGAGUUGGUCUUCCUAGAGAUCUAAUUAGGCUAUUGCUCCAGUGUUACUGCAGGAGCAAAUUAGUGCAGUACCCGAAGAAAACCUGUGGUACUUGGCAGAGUCACAUUGAACUGAGCAAUUUAAUGACUGUCCUCCCAUGCGACCUUCUAAAUACACCCUUUCGAUAAUUACAGUACGUCACAACUACACUGUUUUCAACUUAGGACCACCGUAAAUGGAAAGAUUUCUAGUUUUUUUUCUCAUGGGCUAUGCACAAAGAAGCAGAACAUCCUUCUUCAACACAUGCAUGAAAAAUAAUUCUUUAUUUUGACCAAUAAAUGUGGAAAUAAGCUUUAACACGAAAACGAGGCUCUCGUUUUCGUGUUAAUGCUUAUUUCCAUAUUUAUUGAUCAAAAUCCAAAAUUUUUUUUCGUGCAUGUGUUGAAGAAGGAUGUUCUGCUUCUCUAUGCAUAGCCCAUGAGAAAAAAACUAGAAAUCUUUCCACUUAAGGUGGUCCUAAGUUGAAAACAGCAUAUAAUCAGAUAACCCUAAGGUUUAGCUUGAUUCAGCAUUCUAAUUAGACUGCAUUCACACGAGCCAGGAUGAAUUCAGAACCACACGCAAGUUCGUCCAGUAAGCUGUUCUCGAGUAUUCCCUGUUUCAUUCGUCCCUGGCGUAGGAGACGGGGCGCAGGGGGGGGGGAGCUCCAAUAGAAGCCCCAAUUGAAGCCGCCAACAAAACUACAAGAUAAAAAUCUAUAAAUAUAUAACCACAUGCAUGAGAUCCUUAACACUUGAUAAAAUUGGGGUUUUUUCUUCAGGUAUGGAUCCAUCGACAGAUCUUCGUGGAUGUGGUUUUCUCGGUUUAAUGAAUAUUUUAUAUGUAGUGACCGAACCUCGUGCACAUGCACUCGCCACGAAUAUUUACAAACUUUCUCUUCAUGAGACUCAGAAUUUUCCGUUCAGUGUAAUGUCAAUUAACAUCACAAGAAUAGCUCUGCAAACUCUGAGAGAGGGAAAACUCAACAGGUAAUGAAUAAUACAUGUUAAAUUGUUUUUUACUAGACAUAUUCGCAAUCUUUUCUCGACCUUUAAGCUGUUUGCAAUCUUGUCUCAACCUCUAAGCGACGCCAAUAUUAAAAUUGUGAUGCAUUGUGGUCUAGGCAUGCAGAGUUUAAUGCGGAAAAUUUAUUGUAAUGUUAUGAGCAUUUCCAUUUAUAAUACAGUAGAAAAUUUUAAUUUGGUCUUCAGUUCUAAUAUCAGUUCUUCAAAGCGAUUUCAAGGCGGUAUCAGAUAAUCAAUGGGCUGAAUUAAGAUUAUUAUGAUUCCUAUAACUAAUGUUAAUCUUUAAUUGAUAUGAUUAUUGAUAUGAAGCAAUAAUUAUGAUAAUUUUUUUCUUUGAAAGAACUUUAGAAUUGUGUGAAAACUUUGACAGCUUUUUCAAAUGUUGUUUGUGAUGUUACUCUGAGUAUAUAUAUCCACACCGGGCAAGCUUGAAAAAUAUGCCUGGCCACGAUGGGAAUCGAACCUACGACCUUUGGAAUACUAAAUGUUGUUUUCUCGAAAUAUUUUGAGCAAAUAAUUAUAAUGAAUCAUUGCAAUGGUCCUGAGAUUAACCAAAAUUAUACUUCGGUCAGCAUUUCAAAUAAAAAAUUGAGUGUCAACAUUUUUGGCAUCUAAAUCAUUAUUUGAUCGCCUAUAUACAAGAAUUGUUUUUAGGGCUAAUCCAACUUUUGACGUCACCAAAACUACCGUUAAAAUUAAUGAGAUCAAAAGCUAAUCUAAGAUGGGGAACAGCCCAUUUCUACCAAAUGAGGAAAACCUAAUGACUUUCGGUUUAAUUUUCAACACAAUUCUUUGUUUGCAAUGACGUAAUUUGGGGAUUUCAGUUGACGGGCAGGUUUAACAAAAACCGGCUAUUUUUAAUGUAUUGAUCGAGUUUAGAGACAGUUUAAGACUCAAAAGAUGAAUUACCGUUCAGUUUUUCUUGCUACAACUAUUCUGAUAGGAGAAAAAAUGAAAAAUCGUCCACAAGUUGUUUGAUUCCCCGUCAUUGGAUGAAUAGUCACGUGAUUACAAACAAAGAAUUGGUACUCCAUCCACUUUUAUUUCCAGAUCAGUGAUAGAAAGUCGGUUCCUCCCCCAUUUACAGUAGACAGAUUUAGAAAAGACGACGCGACCUCAAAGACGACGUGAAAAUGGCGUCAAAAUGGCGUGGCACAUCCAUAUAUGGACAGAACACGCCAUUUUCACGUCGUCUUUGAGGUCGCGUCGUCUUUUCUAAAUCUGUCUACUACUACUCUCUACACGACGUCAAUGUAUGAUUAUUUCCACCACCUAUAUUAGGGAAUGCAACAACAGAGGCACGGUGUUUGAUGUCUUCAACGAAUUCUACGCUGGAGUGUUUUACCGUGUCUAUACAGUGUGGAAAAAUCAGAGAAAAACUAUAUCCGACUCCGGAUUUGUGUUGCGAGAAGUUGAAAAAUAUUGUAAAAAUCACACGAAUGAGGUACUAAGAGACUUCUCCAAGGCUGUGCUGGAGAAAAAACCCGCAGUUAAACACGAAGAGAGUUCUACGUUUUCACGCAGUUGUUCAGAAAAAGUCGAGAGUUUCUCUGGAGUGUGCGACAUUCAGGAAAAUGAGGAAGAAGAGGUGCAUUUGGUGUGAAGAUUAAUCUGUGAAUGAAAUUCUGUUGCGUUAUCUCGUUUUCAAAAUGCGCCUUUUUACCCACGAACUGUCUAAGCCUAAGGUCCUGUUUACUGAGGCUCCCGUCUACACACUGGCAAUUUGGAACUGUAUUUUAAAUUUGCACUAUUCGCUGGGACGCGCGGAACGCACGGGUGAAACCGAACUUAUUCGAACACACGUAACGAACUCCCGUGCGAGCAAAUGGAACCAGACAAUUUGUGUACGGUUCCGAAUUACAUCCACAAAAUUGUGGAAAUCGAGAUGAAAUUAAAGUGGGACGAUUUCAUGUCAGUCGAAGUGUUGUGUCAAAUGAGCUGUUUACAUGAGACGAGUUCGAAAUUGGAAAAAUAACUGGUCUAGUCUAGAUUGAAUCUCAGUGGUUUGAAUCUAGACUAGAAUGAAUAGAUUAGAUCGAAUGGAUGUUUUCUGGUCGGUCUGAUAAAACACAACUGCAGAAAAGAUUAACAAUAUUGAUGUAUUGCAUUUUCGAAAUAGGUUUCAUGUAAACAUUUUCGUUGCGUUCUUACUUCCCACUAUAUCCUCUAAUUAAUUGGUAUGCGUAGGCGAGUCCCUGGCGGGCCACAUGAAUGCUACGUAAGUAUAUACGUAGGAGAUUAACUUCGCCCCGUUCUCGUGUAUAAAACAGGACCUAACUCUGCCGAAUCUGUGAGAGGUCUUGGUAUGAAAUACAUAGCUAGUAUAAAUAUCUAAAUUAUUGAGUGUAAAUAAUAUAUAACACUUAAAAUAUUAUUUAUGAAUAUAAAAAUUAGUGUGAAAUUGAUCAAUGAUAAAAUACGAAACUAAACCUCGAGACUAUGGUGUUUGUAGACUUUCUAAUGAGGUAUUU